CAUAUAUUCUUAAUGACAAUCAAGCACGUAAAGAUAAGCGACAUCGAUCUACGUCAAUAGAAAUAUGGCAAACUCAUAGGAUACUUCAAGGUGAUUCAUUAAGCCCCAUGGUGUUCAAUAUCGCGACCAGCAAAGCAAUAAAUGCAAUUCAGAGACAACAGGACAAAAAUGUACGCAAAUGCAGAUGACAUGGUCAUAGUUUCUGCAAGAGUCCAAGAAUCAUUUAACGACUUGGGCCAAUAGACAGAAGAAAAUAGCCUACAAAUAAACGUCAGAAAAGGAAGGAAGGAAGGAAAAGUGAGGCUAGGAGACAAAAUGAUAUGCCUCUGUAAGCUAUGCGGAAGGUGGCAGGCAGCAAAUGAAUGUACUAUAUAGGUACAUAAUAAAUGGCAGGGCAGCUGAUUCAAUAUGUCGUCGUCCGUGCAGACUUGUUGAAAACUCUUAACUGGCCUGUGGGAUCAGUGAUCGCUCAGGCUUGCCAUGCAUGCUGUGCAGUCACUUACCUCUACCAUAAUGAUCCUCACACACAGGAGUAUCUGAAGGACCUUGAUAAUAUGCACAAAGUUGUGCUGGAGGUUCCAGAUGAAUCAAGUUUAUGUAAUUUAGAAUUAAAACUGAAAGAACACCAUGUCUUACAUAAAAUGUGGAUAGAACAGCCAGAAAACUUUCCCACCUGUAUUGUAGUGAAGCCUUAUCCAAAGGAAGAGGUGCAAAAGUACUUCAAGAAAUUGAAACUGUUCAAAGGUUAAUUCACAUUAUUCAAGUUCAUUUAAAUCUGUUACAAUACAUUCUCAUGAAAGUAAUUCAUGUAUGUUUCAAGGACAAUAAAAUGCCCACUAGUUUGUAUUUAAUUUUCUAUGGAUGUCUUCUUUGAAUUUGAGUUUCAUUGUUUUUUUCAUAAGUAUUGUAAUGUGAUUAUUUAAGGUAAAUAAAUUUUGAAAAAUGUUA